UGGCGAGUGGUCUACCUCGGAGAAGCGACUAAUGUUCUUCCGCGGCUGCGCGUUUCAGAGGUUACCAUCUCUCAUGGCUUCCAAAUCCAAGCGAAUUCAUCACUGUUUUGCUGCUGAAGUUGCAGGGACGGUGGCGCAGAGCACGCCGAAGAGGGCGACGACGAUGACAACCGAGUCUUCCAUGGCUGAUGCCUUCUCCAAAUACGCCGACUAUCUCAAUGCCCUUAAUGAAAAGCGGGAAAGAAUUGUAAAAGCAAGUCGUGAUAUCACCAUUAACAGCAAAAAGGUCAUUUUCCAGGUGCACAGAGUCAGUAAAUACAACAGAGAGGAAGUUCUGGAAAAAGCAGAAAAGGAUUUAGCAGCCGUGACUGAUCAGUAUAUGGCUCGAUUGGUAAAAGAACUGCAAGGGAGUGACUUUUGGAAGCUAAGACGAGCGUACUCACCUGGGGUACAAGAAUAUGUUGAAGCGGCAACGUUCUAUAGGUUCUGCAGAACUGGGACUCUUUUGCACCUUGAUGAGAUAAAUGCAACAUUGUUGCCCCUUAGUGAUCCAUCCCUUGCGCCUUUGCAAAUCAAUGUCCUUGACUAUCUGUUGGGGCUUGCUGACUUGACUGGAGAGCUGAUGCGGCUGGCAAUUGGUCGAAUAUCAGAUGGUGAAGUUGAGUAUGCGCAGAAUAUAUGCAAGUUUGUACGUGAUAUCUACAGGGAGCUUACCCUUGUAGUUCCAAGCAUGGAUGAUAGUGAUGAUAUGAAAGCAAAGAUGGAUACAAUGCUUCAAAGCGUCACGAAGAUUGAGAAUGCUUGCUUCAGUGUUCAUGUGAGAGGAUCGGAGUAUAUGCCGCUACUUGGAUCCAAUGACCCCAAUUCCAUUUUACUGGGGGUGACGGACAUUGAACCCUGAUUUAAUUUUGUACUCUGAUCGUUAUCCUUUCUGCUGACUCAUUCUGGGUUGGUUUUACAUGUUUCCGCCCGAUAUUUCUCCCGUUUUUGUUAUUGAAGAAGAUUAGCUUCUUAUUUGUGACCGAGGAGGCUUUGCAAACGUUUACGAGUAACUGGUAUAGAAACACGCCAAGUCUCUUGAGUAGAUUUGGAAGUUAAAAGACAUUUUAUCACCUGUCAAUUUCUUGGUAACGUACUGACAGUACUGAAGGAUUUGCUUCCUUUCGUUUUUUGGAUGUUAGAGAACAUGUAAUUUAUGCAGCCAUGUUUAUUUCAUUUGUUA